UACAUGAUUUCACUCUAAUAAUCACUUGUAAAAGGUCUAUGUGAGCGUCGUAACAGAACGUGACUCUUACCUUGAAGGUACGACAGGAAACCGGUUUUGUUUACCUGCGUGUCAGGAUCCUGGCGAUGCUAACGUAGCUUAGAGAGGUGCAUAUAAAGACCGAUUUGCAAGCUUAAAUACACGUUUCCCGUCCUGUAAUUUAUUUCUAAAAUGGCGACAUCGAACGAUCCGUUUCAAUUUCAAGACUUUGGCGAUGACUUCACUCAAUCUCAGCCCAGUAAAGAGACAUCCAUUACCAUAGAUGAUGACUUCCCAGAGACGCAGAAGACUGCUGCUGCUGCUGCUGGUUCAGAUUACGAUGAAGAAGAUGACAAGGCAGAACUACUGGGUGGUGAAAAGAAGAGCGCCCCUUUCUGGACGUUCGAGUACUAUCAACGGCUUUUCGACGUUGAAACUCAUCAUGUACGGGAGCGAAUACUUGGAUCAGUGUUGCCCUGGCCUGGGAAGAACUUCAUCCACGUCCACCUUCGAAAAAAUCCGGAUCUUUACGGACCAUUCUGGAUUUGUACAACGCUCGUCUUCGCCAUUGCUAUAAGCGGCAACCUGUCCUCAUUUCUGGUCCACUUAGGCAAUCCAAACUUCAAGUACACACCAGAGUUUCAAAAAGUGACCAUUGCUGCGACUGCCAUCUUCAGCUAUGCUGGGUUGGUGCCUCUUGGCUUCUGGGGCUUUUUGGUUUGGAGAAGCAGCAAAGUAAUGAACUUGGUGACGUACUCCUUCAUGGAGAUUCUUUGUGUCUACGGAUAUUCCCUUUCAAUCUACAUUCCUGCUGUGGUUCUGUGUACCGUCCCGUAUGAGUGGCUCAGAUGGUGCACCAUCGCCGUGGCUCUCACCUUGUCUGGUUCUGUCCUGGUCAUGACGUUCUUGCCGGCCGUCAGAGACGACCACCCGAAGGUUGUCAUGGCAGCCAUGUCUUCCAUCGUCAUCCUGAACGCCCUGCUGGCCAUCGGCUGCAAGAUGUAUUUCUUCAGCGAAGCCCAACCGCCCGCUGUCGAUCACCCGGCUGUCAGUCACCCUGCUGUCAGUCACCCAGCUGUCAAUCACUCAGCUGUCACUGCAGCCCCCAAGACGGUGACAUGAAACUCUUCCUCUCAAAUGAAACGACCGGAUCAUCUCCAGUUGCCUUAUUACAGAGAGUCGGGUGUCCGUAAUGAAGCCAUGGGUCGUCUGGAUUUCACCUGCACUUGGACCUUCUGGCUUGAGACCUAAAGACCCGCGUGUAGGCUUUUGUUCUGGCCCUGAAAAGGAACAACACCAACCCGUAUGUAAUUUCUAAUGCGCUGGGUUCUAUAGAUAAGUGGGUAUUAGUGUCACUCAACCGUGAUGCUACUUUUAAAGCAGCUUUGACACGACGAAAGGAAAUGUGCGCAGCGGUUUCUAAUCAAAGGUCUUUGGGGUGUUUACAUGUAUUCUGUUUUGGGAUGUAGAUAUUGUGUAUAAAGCGUUGACAAGCCGUUUUAUUAUUUAAUUCAACAAGAGCACAAGUGCUGAACUUGGAGGGGCAAUAUUCCUACUGUUAUGAUCAACGACCUGUGAGCCUAUGUUGGGAUUUUUUUCUCAAUUUUAAUAAAUCAAUUCCAUCAC